GGUUGCCUUGCUUCUGCUCACACCAGUCUGCUUCUAGGGAAUGAAGAUUAUUCUGGAAGCAUUGGACACAAAGCAUGAAUCAGUUUUGUUUGAGGCAAUGUAAGAAGGUAGUAAUAUGGCAAGGCUGGUGAAGGGACGUGGACCUUGUGAGGGGAGAGUGGAGGUGUUUCACAGUGGAGCAUGGGGUACAGUGUGUGAUGACAACUGGGACAUGCAGGAUGCUGCCGUGGUGUGCAGAGAGCUGGGCUGUGGAAAGGCACUGUCAGCCCUAUCCUUUGCUCACUUUGGACAAGGAACUGGGAGAAUCUGGCAUUAUCACUGCCAUGGACUGGAGUCUACAUUCAGUGAGUGUAGAAGUGCACAAACUACUGGCUGUGAACAUUAUGAAGACGCAAGUGUUGUGUGCUCAGGUACUGGUGCACGUUUAGUGGGUGGCAGCAGCUCCUGCUCUGGGAGACUAGAAGUGCUGCGGGAUAAUAGCUGGAAGAGCAUUUGUGAUGUAAACUUUAAUCAGACGGCAGCUGAGGUUGUCUGUCAGGAAUUGGAAUGUGGAGCUCUAAAAGAAUAUCGAGCAGGAAUGUUUGGUCAAGGAAAAGGUUCAUUUUGGGAGAAAAAGAUUCAGUGCAGAGGAAAUGAAAGAAAGAUUUUUGAUUGUCCAUUCUCUGAGAGUGCAACUCUCUGUACUGAAAGGAACGAUGUUGGCCUUGUUUGUGUUCCUUACAGACUGGUAAAUGGCUCCAACUCCUGUUCUGGUCGAGUUGAGCUUUAUUACGGCAUGCAGUGGGGGACUGUCUGUGAUCGUUACUGGGACCUACAGGAUGCCAGUGUUGUCUGUAACCACUUAGGAUGUGGAUAUGCAAUUGAAGUCCCUGGACAGGCCAGUUUUGGAAAAGGCAGUGGAGAAAUAUGGAGAGAUAAUCUUCAAUGUAAAGGUGAUGAAGCUGACCUGACAAAGUGCCCAGCUCUUGAUUAUGGGAGUGAGGAGUGCACACAUAGGCAUGAUGCUGGAGUUAUUUGCUCUGGUAUCAAUAUGGGCCUACCUUCAAGAUCCAGAAAACCAACUGAAGGCAAUCAGUUUGCCCUCAGGUUAACCAAUGGAACAGGUGUCUGUGAUGGAAGACUGGAGAUAUUCUACAAUGGAUCCUGGGGGACAGUGUGUGAUGAUUCCUGGGACUUACUAGAUGCAAAUGUAGUUUGUAGGCAGCUCCAGUGUGAGACACCUGUAAAUGCCAUAACUCCAGUCUCAUAUGGACCAGGAAGUGGACAUAUUUGGCUGGAUGAUUUGCACUGUCAGGGAAAUGAAUCAUCUCUCUGGGACUGUAGACAUCAAACAUGGGGGCAGCAUAACUGUAGACAUAAGGAAGAUGUAGGAGUAAAUUGUACAGAAUUCAAGAUGCUGAGGUUAACUGAUGGCUGUUCGGGACAACUUCAGGCUUUCUAUAACAACUCAUGGGGCAGCGUCUGUGCAAAUAACAUGGAUAAGGCCACUGCUGCCAUGAUCUGCCAAGAAUUAGGCUGUGGAAAUCUUACCUCUGAUGUUAAAGAAGAAUUAUCAAAACUGGACCCUGAUCCAAAAUGGCUGGACAAAGUCAGAUGUAGAGGACAUGAGGCUUCUAUCUGGCAAUGUCCCUCUUCCCCAUGGGGUAAAAAUGCAUGCACCAGGACUGAAGUGGCAAAACUCUCUUGCACAGAGCCUCUAGAAUUGAGACUGGUUGGAGGAACGAAUAACUGUUCAGGGCGAGUAGAAAUAAUGUAUGGAGACACCUGGGGCACAGUCUGUGAUGACGACUGGGACCUUAAGGAUGUGAAGGUGGUCUGUCGACAGCUUCGCUGUGGAGAAGCUGUGAGUGCAGAACUGGAGUUUGGAGGUGGAAGUGGUGUCAUCUGGCUAAACAAAGUGAAGUGCAGGGGAACUGAAGCUCACUUGUGGGACUGCCAACAUGAACCCCUGGGAAAAAAUGACUGUGUACACAAGGAGGAUGCAGGAGUGAAGUGUACAGGAUUUGCACAGGAUAUCAAGGCUCCAAAAGAAGUCCCCAACAUCAAGGCUUUAAAAGAGCAACCCAUCCUCGUGAUUGUCUGUAUUGUACUUGGAGCUCUUCUCUUCCUCAUAUUAGUCCUGCUGGUUGGGCAGCUUCAAAGAAAUAGGACUUUAAAGAAAGGAAUGGCCAUGGAUGAACUUCUUCCCAACAAUAACGCAGUUUAUGAGGAAAUUGAGUACAAGCUGGCCAGACAGGGAACUUAUGGAGCACCCAGAAAAGGAAGCUUUUUGUCUGAUGAGCUACCAUAUGACUAUGAGGACAUUGAAGAUGACGAUCAAGAUCAUACUCUAGGUAGGAAACUGGCUUCUUUGGAAACGGAUAGCCCUGGCUACUAUGAUGAUACUGCAAUAGAACAAAUUGAAAACCUUCCAGAAAACAUUUCCCAUGAUGAGCUGCUCUACAGUUAUGAUGAUGUCGAAGAACCUUUAGAAAACUCCACAGUAGAUUCUCAUGCUGCUGUGCAGUACCCGUUACCUCCAGAAUACGAUGACAUUGAGGAUGAGGCUGUUGGAGAACAAUCACCCUAACUCUAGACUGUGGUCAGCCCUUUAAUAGUGUGAUGAACAUGUCUACAACUUUAUUGAAACAAUGCCAAAUUGUAUGUUACUAAUGUAAUUUUUUUUAAAUCUUUGUAUUAGAAAAUAUUUUUGUUGUCAUAAGGAUGUAGAACAAGAGACUGGGUUUUAGAGACCUUUUACUUUCAUGUGCCUCUGUUUAGGCAAAAUUUCAGUUUAAAACAUUUUAAACAGAAAUUUAAAAUUACAAAAAUCAC